UCCGGGGCGGCCGCUCGGCUCAGGGGGGAGAUGCGGCUCCGGGAGCGCGGCGCCCCGGCCAUGGGGCUGGGGCUGGGGCUGGGGCAGGCGGCAGUGGCCGUGUGCGCCGCGGUGCUGGGCUGCGCGGGGGCGUCCCGGCUGCUGAGCGGGCAGACAGUUUGCCGGGGUGGAACUCAGCGACCAUGCUACAAAAUCAUUUACUUUCAUGAUGCUUUGCGCAGGAUCAGCUUUGAAGAAGCGCAGCAGACAUGCAGAAGAGAUGGUGGGCAUUUAGCCAGUAUUGAAUCAGAAUCGGAACAGAGACUGAUUGAAAAAUUGAUUGGGAGUCUCUUGGCUUCAGAUGGAGAUUUUUGGAUAGGAUUUAAAAGAAAAGAGGAAGACGUGGACAAUAGCACAGAAUGUCAGGGCCUGUAUUCAUGGUCUGAUGGCAGUACAUCCACGUUUCGGAAUUGGUAUACAGAUGAGCCUUCCUGCGGGAGUGAGAUCUGCGUUGUGAUGUACCACCAGCCUUCUGCCCCGGCAGGUGUCGGGGGUUCCUAUAUGUUUCAGUGGAAUGAUGACAGAUGCAACAUGAAAAAUAACUUCAUUUGCAAAUAUUCUCUUGAAAAACCAACUGCUGCCUCAGAAGAGAACUCUCAAGUGGAUGUUGUAACAGGGUCCUUGAAGCCAACGUUCCCAGAAGAACACAUUAAGGAAGAUGCCAAUGAAACCCUUAAAGAAACGAAAGAACCUGUUUUGAGUCUUGCCUACAUCUUAAUUCCCAGCAUUCCUCUGCUCCUUCUCCUGAUGGUCGUAACAGCCAUCUUCUGUUUUUGGCUUUUUGCAAAGAGGAAACGAGAGCACAUGGAGGCAAGUCCAAAGGAGCAAGAUGCCUGGAUCUUCCCCCACAGGAGGAACAGUCCCAAUUUGGAGAUUUACAAUGUAAUUAAAAAACAAAUGGAGGCAGAUCUGGCUGGGACCAGGCCAAAUAUUAAGAAUUCUUCCUUCCGCACCCCUUCUGGAGACCACACGUCUGACAACUUCUCCGGAGAUUACGACAACGUGGCUGUGAAUACUUCAGAGAGUGGUUUUGUGACAUUAGCUAGUCCUGAAAGUGGCUUUGUGACCAAUGAGAUCUAUGAGCUGUGCAGUGAUCAGAUGGGACAAAGCAAGGAGUCGGCCUGGGUGGAAAAUGAAAUAUAUGGAUAUUAAGGAAACUGGAAACACUUGGAUGUGGGUGACACAGCAGAUAAAAACACGAGUAGUCCCCACAUACCAUAUUUAACAGUGAACACAAAAAUAAUGUGUGUGGCAGUGCAUAGUGGUUUCAGAUUGCCUCUGUGCUAAUUUUUUUUCUUAAGGCUAUGUUAUUUUAAACAGUUGAACACAACGGAACAUAUUUAGCUAGCCUUGCUUCAAACCCCUGUUCAAUACUGGGAAUGAUUGGUCUUGGUUCUCUUUUUUUUCUGUUGGAACUACAAUAUUUCCUGAGCUACAGACAUGAAAAUAUGUCUACAUCUUUGCAACUAAAAAUCAGUCCAAAUUCUUUCAUUUUUGUUAACUGACCUCAUCCACAUGGCUGUUUUUAAGUCGUAAGCCGGCCAUCCUUGCUUUCUCCUAACUGCACAGGAGAAUGAUGACAGGUUGGUCAUUUGUUUCCAUCUCAAACCAUGUUUUAGUUACAUGGAUUCCCUUACCAUCUGGUUUGUAAUGUUGCCAGUCAGGCACUUCAUUAGGGAUUGGCAGCGUAGCCCAUGUGCCUUUCCCUCCUUCCUAGUCCCGCUAGCCAUGCAGGGUGUCUCAGAGACUGCAGUUAAAUGAUCUCAUUCAUUUAAUUUUUUUUUAAAAGAACCAGAUAGCCAAAGAUUUCAAAAAUCUCAGCAGAUUUGUUGGUGUUGUAUGGCGGAUAAUUUUGCCUCACUUAUUCUCCAGGCAAGAGAAUGGCAAAGCAGUGACACAAGCAGCACCUUUUCAGUGUUGUGUAGGGGAGAAAUUGCCAUUGCAAAACAUUUUGAAAUGGCCUCAGAAGUUGCUGCAAUCUGAUGGGUUUCUGUGUUGGUUUUGCUAUCCAGAGUUAUGCUAAUAUGCCCUCAGUGGCAAGUUAAACACUGGUUACUUUAGAGUAAAUAGCCUGUUACUGACGGAUGUAGAUUUUUUUUUCCCCCUUUCAUGCUCGUGAGAUAUACUGGAUGCUAUGAAGAUUGAUAUAAUGGCUCCUCUGACUGCAGAUUGAUUACAUGUUGCUAAUCUCAGCAUGGAUGGGAUUACUAAAAAAGCACAUUUAAUAGAGUUUCUAAGCAGCUAGGAGAAGUACAGAUACACCAAAGCCAUGGAGUCGGUAUGAGGGAACCUGCCAAACGUCUACGCAAGUGACCCUCCGCUGGAGUUUGUAUCCAAAUCCUCAGUAACCCACAAGUAUUUAGACUGGAGCAACAGCAUGAUUAUAAGGGAUACGCCGACAGCUCUGUGGAAUUAAGUUCCUGCUUUAUCGAUUAGUGAAUGCAUUAAGAUUACAAUUAAUUUUUUGAGCUUUUGUACAUAAGUAUGAGGCUUUUGUUACCAUGUGAAGCCUAAGACAUGGGCUGUGAGAUGAACUGAACCUAUCUUAACAACUGGUACGUUUUUAAAGCCUUUUGAAGCACAAUACAACAUUUAAGACAGCCCCCUGAUCAAAGAAUCGGGAUUAUAUAUUGGAAACGAAGGUGAGCAUAGGUCUGGGCAUCUUUCUUGCCCUUCUCUCCAGCGUUUUAGCCCAUUUAAUCUCUUUUCUACCUGAGAGGAUAAUGUUCGAUAUCACAGAUAAUGUGGAAAGGAGACUGAAAUAAGUGUGUGACUGGCAAUUUCUUUAUACUGUAUUUGUCUGGCUCCUGAUUGCAUGGAGGGGUGCCCAGAGUUGCCUUGAGCCACCUAAAAUGAGUUUGAAUACCAUGCAGUCUUUCCUAGAAAGGACCAAAACUAAGAUUGGACAAUGUGCAAACUGUGUGGAUCUGCCAAUGGGCGUGUAUUCUUUGAGAAAUGGAUGCCUAUAACUUUGUACUUUAAUACUACCAAAGAGCCCCUUGUCACAGAUUAAAAAGGCAUUUGAGGGAUUGUAGUGAGGAAGCUGUGAAUCAAAAAGUGACCAAGGAAGUGCUCUCAUUUCCUACGUAUCUGGCAACUGACACAGUUAUAUCUGACUUACACCAUAAUGGCAACAAGCUGGUUUAAGUCCGGAUGCAAGUUCUGUUACACAAGUGUGAGCUGUGUGGCUCAAAAGCUUGUGUGUCUCACCAACAGAUGUUGUCCCAAUAAAAGAUAUUACCUCGCCCACCUUGGUAAGUCAAGAGAGAGGCAUUUUCCAAACACAACCUCAUUUCUACCAACAAAGCUUUACCAUGCUAAACCAUUCAGUACUGCAAGUCUAGCUGUAUCUGUUCUGGGAUGCUGACAAGUUCUUGAGCAAGAUGUGGCGGGGAGGAGUGGAAUCAGAAUCUGAACUCGGGAGAGAGCAGCACUGAUGACUUUGGGUUUACUAUUAACUUGAUGAUCAUUAGAGCUUUCUAAUGCCUGUGUUGUGCUUGUUUAUAUGCAGUCCUUUGAAUGUCGGGAUUACAGUAAUCAAGGUUUUGUGUGCUCCACAGGAAGCUUGAUAUAAGUCAUGUGGCAAGGUUCCUGCACUGUUCAGUGCAGCAGACUGGAGCUCUGGUGUCAGCUUCAGAUAAGUGUAAAAAUGGAGAUUCAUAUUUAACUAGAUGUCAGGUUUCCCUUUGCUUUUGAAUGUUAAAUGUCAUUUAUUUUAUGCUGGUCUUACAUUUCAUGGUCUGUAUGAUGCAGAAUGUGUGGUGGGGGUUUUGUUUUUUGGGGUUUUUUUAAAUGCCUGGCUAGUCUUUAUGAGCUCACAGGGGGAAGCUGAAGGUUAUUGCAGCUGCAUAGUCAUUUAGGAAGCUGUGAGAGGAAGCUUGGGUUUGUGAGAUAAGCACACUAACUGGAUGCAAAAAUGAGGAUCAUCUGUGAAAUAUAUUAAUGUUGACGCUGAAAUUUGCAUCAUUAACAUGUAAGGUUAACACCCCAUUGAAAUGAAUUGGGGGACAGUUCACUCCUAAACUAUUGCUUCAGGCUGUCUGCAAACUCAGGCAUAUAAUCUUGCAUUGGUUUGCAUUUGGUUCACAUUUGGAAAGUGUUGGACACCACCUUAAGAGCGUGAGACAUUCUUGAAGUGUAAGCUUGGGUUUUGGCUCACAAUUUUGCAGCAAGGGCUGGAUUUUGAGGUAAAUUGUGUAGCUGUGGAAGGAGGAAGUGUGGUCUUGACAAAUAGCAAUGUGUCUUCUGAGAACCUGUUUAGAGAAUUCUUGUACCUGUUUUGUCCUGCCAGUAACACUUCUGCUGUGAAUAUGUUAGAAUCAUAGAAUCGUAAAAUAUCAGGGUUGGAAGGGACCUCAGGAGGUCAUCUAGUCCAACCCCCUGCUCAAAGCAGGACCAAUCCCCGAUUUUUGCCCCAGAUUGCUAAAUGGCCCCCUCAAGGAUUGAACUCACAACCCUGGGUUGGAUUCUGAAAUGCAUAGCUGCCUGCUGGGAGCUAUUAUGUCUAUUCUUGUCUAAGUUUAUCCAGAGAGCUGGCUGCACCGGUUUGGGAUUAGACAGUUGUGAUCUAUCUGUUCCUGCAUGCUCUGAUAUCCUGUCAUGGAAGCUUAACAUGCUUGCUUGUUUUUAUGUUCUCAUGUUGAAUGUGUCCAGUUCCUGAGAGAUCCCACAGCAUUUUGUAUUGUCUACACUUACACUACUUUUAGUCUGAUUAUGGAGUUGCUCCCAAAUGGGGCUUGUUUCCUAAAACUGGGAUUUUGCCUGAACGUAUGUAUCUCACUGGUCUGAUGAUGAACUGGAAGUGUUGAAUAGCAGAGUUCAGGAUACUUGAUGUCUAUUUUAAAGGAGAGGAAGGAUGGUCCAGUGUUUAGGAUGGUAUCCUGGGACUUGGGACACCUGGGUUCAGUUCCGUACUCUGCCACACUCUGACCUUGAGCAUGUUACUCAGCUUCUCUGUCUCUCCAUUCCCCAUCUGUACAAUGGGGAUAAUAGCACUGCCCUACCUCACAGGGGUGUUGUGAGGAUAAAUAUAUUAAAGAUUAUGAGAUGCUCAGAAACUAUGGUAAUGGGGGCCAAAUAAUUUCUUAAUAUUUUAAUUCUCCACACAGACCUUUAGAACAUCUUGAAAGCUUAUUGAAGAUAAGCUGUUAUGUAAGGAUUUGGAAGAGUAUUUGACUCAAUAUGUGGUUUGGUUGAGUAAUUUUGGUGCCCAACACUGUGUACAGCAAGUGAUGCUGCUUAUUUAUUUGGCUCUUGUUUGUCCUUUUCAAAAUUGAAUUUAAAAAAAAGAUAAAUGCCAUUAAGGCAAAGGCCUGCCAUUCUAUACCGGUGGUAAUAAUACCACCUAGCUCUCAUAAAGCACUUUCCAUCCAUAGAUUUCAGUGUAAAGUCUGCAUCAGUGUCCUGCCCUCUGCCACAGGAGCUUUGCCUAAUCGAGUUCCUGACUUCUAAACACAGAAGAAUCUGGACUAUAGAUCAGGCAGGAAGUACCACCUACUAUAAUCCGCAGAAUGAUGGCCAGUGGAUAUAGUUAGGCUCUGGUCUAAAACAGAGCUCCAGCCUGCUCUUUUCAGUGUAUCUUAGGUGAGAGCUAUUUAAUAGUCUGCACUUGCCAAGGGUUUCCCUGCAGCUGUUGUUGAUUUCUCAGAGGAGCAUUCCUAAUUACAAGCCUGCACCAGUGUCCCAGAGAGGGGCUUCCUUUGGUCUUAUUCCCCUGGUGAGAUUCAGUAAU